AUGGACGUCUCCAACGCCUUCCUUCACGGUCACCUCGAGGAGCAGGUCUUCUAUCAGCAACCCACGGGGUUUGUUGAUCCAACACUUCCCGACCACGUGUGCCUGCUUUCGCGGUCCUUGUACGGACUCAAGCAGGCCCCUCGCGCUUGGUACCAGCGCAUCGCGGCGUUUCUGCACCAGCUCGGGUUUCUCUCUACCCGCUCGGACGCAUCGCUCUUUGUCUAUCACCAGGGCUCCGACACGGAAUACUUGCUGCUUUAUGUCGACGACAUCAUCCUGACGGCAUGUACAGCUGGUCUUCUCAGUCAGCUCACUGCUCGUCUUCGCGCUGAGUUCGCCAUCAAGGACUUGGGUCCUUUACAGUACUUCCUCGGUGUUGAGGUGGUGCGACGUCCGGAUGGCUUCUUCCUUCAUCAGCGGAAGUAUGCUCAUGAGCUCCUGGAGCAUGCUGGCAUGCUUAACUGCAAGCCCGCUGCUACGCCUGUUGAUACAAAGGCCAAGCUCUCUGCCACGAAUGGUUCUCCUGCUUCGGAUGUUGCGUUUUACCGGUCUAUUAUUGGUGCUCUCCAGUACCUCACUCCGACUCGACCGGAGAUCCAGUAUGCUGUCCAGCAGGUGUGUCUUCAUAUGCAUGCUCCUCGGGACGUUCCCUGGGCCGCUGUCAAGCGGAUUCUCCACUAUGUCUGUGGCACUAUGGACCUUGGCAUCACGCUCCACGCCUCCACCAACGCCGCCCUCACCGCCUACUCCGAUGUCGACUGGGCGGGCUGCCCUGACACUCGUCGCUCCACCUCGGGCUACUGUGUCUUCCUUGGACCCUCGCUCAUCUUGUGGUCGUCCAAGCGACAGCCUAGUAUCGCGCUGUGGCCAACUUCGUCGCUGAGUGUUCGUGGCUUCGCCAGCUGCUUCAGGAGCUCUUUUGUCCUGUCGACCGUGCUACGGUGGUUCUUGGCCAUAUUCGUGUUCUAG